UUCUACAGCUCCUAGUAGCCAGUCGCCAGGUCUCAAUUGUUCAUUUGCCCUUAAUUUGUUUGAAGGGUUUUGUCUAUUUGGGGUCGCCGAUCGUUCAAGAGCCGUGUGACCUUGCGUGUCUGGAGCUUCUGGCUAUAGAAAGGAAUAUCUGGAGCGCUGAAAAAGAAAAUACUCUGAUUGUGUUAAUUGUGUCUGGAGAUUCGAACCUGGGCUCAAAGACGUGGUGUUGCUUCUGAAGAUUGCAGCUGAAGUCUAGGUCUGCAAGGAGAUCCACCGGGUUCACCUCUGGCGAACAAGCAAACGGGAAUGAACAUAAAAAACCGGAUUGGAAAGUAUGAGCUAGGAAGGGUUCUUGGAGAGGGGAACUUCGCCAAGGUUAAAUACGCCAUUAACGUGGAAACGGGGCAGAGCUAUGCAGUGAAAAUCUUGGACAAGGAGAAGGUUUUCCAGUACAAAAUCGUUAGCCAUAUUAAGCGGGAAAUAUGCACGCUGAAGCUCAUUAAGCAUCCUAAUGUCGUGAGAUUAUACGAGGUUUUGGCGAGCAAGAGGAAGAUAUAUAUUGUUCUGGAGUUUGUCACUGGGGGAGAAUUGUUUGACAAAAUCGCGUGUAACGGGAAACUGCAUGAAAACGUAGCCAGAAAGUAUUUCCAGCAGCUAAUUGACGCUGUGGGAUACUGCCACAGCAGAGGUGUCUACCACAGGGAUUUGAAGCCGGAAAAUGUGCUUCUGGAUGCCAAGGGAAAUGUGAAAGUUUCCGAUUUUGGUCUCAGUGCGUUGCCGCAACAGUGUAGGGCAGACGGGCUGCUACACACAACUUGUGGAAGCCCUAACUACGUAGCCCCAGAGGUGAUUGCUGAUAGAGGCUACGACGGGGCUACCGCCGAUCUAUGGUCUUGUGGUGUAAUUCUCUUUGUUCUGUUGACGGGUUGGUUGCCGUUUGACGACAGAAAUCUUGCAGUUCUUUAUCAGAAGAUUUUCAAAAGCGAUUUCAAGUGCCCUAAUUGGCUUUCUCCCGGCGCUCGCAACUUGAUUAAAAGAAUUCUCGAUCCCAAUCCGAAAACGAGAAUUACCAUACCAGAAAUAAUAGAAAACGAGUGGUUCAAGGAAGGGUACUCCCCUGCAAAACUUGUGGAGGAGGAGGACACCAGUCUGGAUGAUGUGAAUGCCGCUUUCACAAAUGCGGAGGAGCAUCUGCUGACAGAGGAAACUGGGCCAGUUCACAUGAAUGCAUUUCAGUUGAUAGCUAUGUCUGUCAGCCUUGAUCUUUCGGGUUUCUUUGAGGAAGAGGAUGCCGCAGAAAGGAAAACCAGGUUUAUGUCCAUGCAUCCCGCCAAAGACAUUAUUGAGAAAAUAGAGGAGACGGUGAAAGACAUGGGAGGAAUUGAAGUCCAGAAAAAGAAUGGCAAGAUCAUGUUAAGACAAACGAAUCCUAAAUCCAGCAAAAAUGGACACCUGUCGGUUACAACGGAGGUUUUCGAGGUAACCCCUAGCUUGCACGUGGUUGAGCUCCGUAAAUCAUCCGGAGAUGUAGCCCUUUACAGAGAGUUAUGCAAAAAGCUCUCUGGUAAUCUUAGCUCAGAUAGUCUAUCUGGUAAUCAUAGCUCAGAUAGUCUUCCUUCAAGCGAGGUGAAAUUUGACGAAAAUAAUGCUGUAUGGAGUGCAGAGGGAGGAGUUACAUGCUCAUAAUAAUUAUUAAUCUUGUCACUAGCCUCUAUUUCAUUGUUCAAAAAAUUCAUUAUUGUACUUCUGAUUUUUUGGAAUAUAGUGGUCUAUAUUCUUGGUAGGGUUGUUUAUAGUCUUUGUAUGAGGCACUUUGUACCUUAGCGACAACUACAAGGAACGGAAAGGGGAUGUUUUUGCAUGUGACGGUCAGAAAGGUGACAAAUGCAGAAUGAGACUUGCCAGCUGAAGUACGGCACUGUUCAAUUGUUCAUCGCGCUUAUUAUUAUUAUUAUAUUACUCGGCCAAUGUAAUGAAUGCUCUCACCGAAGAUACAUGAAUGGAGAAUGAUGAGUAGUCUUGUCAAAUAUUAUAAAAAAUGGAAAUGGUAAAAAUAUUUGUGCUGGA